AUGCUCGCCCACAUCGCCUUCGCCGCGUCGCUCGUGGCCGCUCCUCUGGCGCUAGCCGCGCCAGCCGCGCCGCCAGCCGGCGCCCACCACCACGAUCGUCGUGACGUGGUCACCGUGAUCCAAUACGUCGAUGGCCAGGGCAACCCCGUGACCUCCGCCGUCAGCACCUCUCCAGCCGCUGGCACAGCCACCGCCGCUGCCAGUUCGUCGUCUGCCGCGGCCAGCUCGUCUUCGGCCUCGUCCUCGUCCGCCUCGGCCUCUUCCUCGUCCAGCAGCAGCAGCAGCAGCAGCAGCAGCAGCUCUUCGUCCUCUUCUGGCGACCUCUCCGCUUUCUCCAACCCUACCAACAAGUUCCAGGACGGAACCAUCAAGUGUUCCGAUUUCCCAUCCGGCGACGGUGUCGUGGAACUCCCAUGGGUCGGUUUCGGCGGCUGGGCCUCUGUCAUGGGCCUCGACGGAAGCACCUCCCAAUCGUGCCAGGACGGUUUCUACUGCUCCUACGCCUGUCAACCAGGUAUGUCCAAGACCCAAUGGCCUUCCAACCAGCCUUCUGACGGAAGAUCCGUCGGUGGUCUAGAAUGUCGCGACGGUCUUCUGUACCGUUCCAACCAAAACUCCGACUACUUGUGUGAAUGGGGUAGCGACAGCUCUUACGCCGUCAACAACAAAGACUCCCAAAUCUCCCUGUGUCGUACCGAUUACCCAGGUUCCGAAAACAUGGUUGUUCCAACCGUGGUUGAAGGAAACUCCCAACAACCCAUCUCCGUGGUUAACGAGGACUCCUACUACACCUGGAACGGUAAAAAGACUUCUUCCCAAUACUACGUCAACAAUGCCGGUGUCGGUAUGGAAGACGGUUGUGUUUGGGGUACCGAUGGCUCCGGUGUAGGUAACUGGGCCCCAGUGGUUCUAGGUGCCGGUAACACUAAUGGUGUCACUUAUUUGUCCAUCAUUCCAAACCCUAACAAUAAGACUCCUCCAAACUUCAACGUUAAGAUUCAAGCCGCCGAUGGUGCUAGCGUCAACGGUGAAUGUUCUUACGAAAAUGGCCAAUAUACUGGUUCCGGUUCUGACGGUUGUACCGUGACGGUAACUUCUGGUACCGCUAACUUUGUCUUUUAUUAG